AUGAGCAUGAAAGCGAGGACGGCGCCAACAUCAAUAGCACCGCCGACGGGGGAUGAACAGGCGGAAAUGAAUCGGCACACAGGCGGUGUGCAGGACUACGAGCCAAAGAUCAAGGUCGAGGAGAAGAUGGACGAAGGGCAGUUGAUUCGUCUGGCCACUGGUGUGCCCGUUGAUACGGGAGGUGUUGUAUCCGGCAUACCUUCCUCAAAACCGGAGAAGGCUGCCCAAGUUGAGCUGAGGAAAGGUGUCAUCAAAAUUGUUGACGUUGAGAACGACCGAGAGCCGCGUUCACUGGUUAUCCUGACGGGCUUGAAGACACUGUUCCAGAAGCAGCUACCUAAGAUGCCACGCGAAUACAUUGCUCGGCUCGUAUAUGAUUCAAACUCGAAGUGUUUAGCGAUUGUCAAGCGCGGUUACAAGGUUGUUGGCGGGAUCUGUUACAGGCCUUUCCCGCAUCGUGGCUUCGCGGAAAUAGUCUUCUUUGCCACUGCAUCCGUUGAUCAAGUGAAGGGAUACGGCUCGAUGCUCAUGGACCAUUUCAAAGCUCAUAUUCGCCGAACGUAUUCGGAUAUGUGGUACUUCCUCACCUAUGCAGAUAACUACGCCGUUGGAUACUUCCGCAAGCAGGGUUUCUCGAAAGAGAUUACAUUGGACCGAUCGAUCUGGUCGGGUUAUAUCAAGGAUUACGAGGGAGGGACGAUCAUGCAAUGCACAAUGUUGGCAAAGGUCGACUAUCUGAAGACGAAAGAAGUCAUCGCACAGCAGAAAGACGCAAUCAUGACGAAGAUCAGGGAAAUGUCGCGGAGCCAUAUUGUAUACGAAGGUCUACCACAGUUUAGCGGGGACGCCCCAGAAGGCGUAACUGUCGAUCCGCAAGAUGUUCCCGGGUUGCGCGAGAGUGGGUGGACACCAGCAAUGGCAUCGCUCACUGCACGUCCAACAGGGAGAGGAGCGGAACAUACCAUCAUGGAGAAACUUCUGUCUGAUUUGCAGAACCACAGUCUUGCAUGGCCAUUCCUGCAGCCUGUCAAUGCAGAGGAGGUCGCUGAUUAUUACGAAGUCAUCAAGCAACCAAUGGACUUCAGCACCAUGGAGCACAAGCUAGAAACAAAUCAGUAUCCUACAUUGGAUGCCUUUCUCGUCGACGCACAGCUGGUGUUCGACAAUUGUCGCACGUACAAUCCAGAAGGUACCAUCUAUUACAAGAACUCUAUUAAACUAGAGAAAUUCCUUAGGGAGCAGUUAGCAUCGUAUAAAGUGAAGAAGGAAGAAUAGUCCGUUGCCGUAUCGUUUCGUCGUUUCCGUGGCUAACGGGUCUGCUGUUUUGAAGGUGUAGCCAUGAGCUUCUUUGUAGUCUAGUCGCCGUCUAAUCGACACUCCUGCCUUUAAAAGAUAUGUGCUCAUGUCUGUCACAAGUAUCUUGGGAAAGUCUACGACGGCCCUCACGACCGAACACACCGAAUGGCAUUCGGUCUGCCUCAGGAAUUGCGAGUCAUCUAUGCAUAAUGUAGUGGGCUCCACCUGCUAGCUCAGUGGUAUGUAUCUUAAUUGUAUGACACCUUCGGACGAUGUCGAGUAUGAGGUAUGAGCUAUGGUGACAUGUGACAUGCCCU